AUGGGAGGAAACUUUUUUAGCGGAUCUAUCCCCAAAUCUUUUAAGUAUUUAGCUAGUAUGAGUGCUUUGAAUCUCUCUCAUAAUAAAUUGUCUGGUCCAAUUCCAAGUUUCUUUGCAAAUUUCUCCUUGGAGGAACUGGAUUUAUCUUUCAAUAAUUUUGAGGGAAAGAUCCCUAAAGAAGGGGUUUUUGCAAAUAUUAAUACAUUCUCAAUUCUUGGGAAUAACAAGCUUUGUGGAGGGAUUCCAGAGCUUCACUUGCAAACAUGCCCUAUCUAUGCUACACCGAAAAGAAAGAAGGGUAAAUUGUCAAUAUAUGUGAUUGAGAUCAUUGCGGUAGCUUCUUUGGUUGUGGGUGUGUCCAUAUUGUCAUUAGGGUACUUCCUACUUGGCUUAAGGUGGAAACAAAAUAAAACAUCUGGAGGAUCAGAGUUGAACUUGGUAGAGCACUUCUCAAAAGUAACGUAUGACAUGCUGCUCAAAGCAACAAAUAGAUUUUCGGAAGCAAAUUUACUUGGUGUAGGUCGUUUUGGGUCUGUUUAUAAAGGGGUCCUUGAUCGAGAGAGUAACAUGGUUGUGGCUGUUAAAGUUAUCAGCCUUGAACAGAGAGGAGCUACCAAAAGUUUCAUGGCCGAGUGUGCAGCAUUAAGAAGUAUCCGUCAUAGGAACCUUCUCAAGAUUGUUACGGUUUGCUCGAGUAAUGAUUUCAAGGCUUUGGUGUACGUCUUCAUGAAAAAUGGAAGUCUUCAUCAAUGGAUUCACACAGAUCCAAAUUUGAGAACCUUAAGUCUACUUCAAAGGGUAAAGAUAGCAAUUGAUGUGGCGAGUGCACUAGAUUAUCUGCACAAUGCUUGUGACGAACCUAUCAUUCAUUGCGACCUAAAACCAAGUAACAUUCUUCUCGACGAUGACAUGGUUGCUCAUGUUGGGGACUUUGGGUUGGCAAGGUUUCAUUUACGUGCAAGUGCAAAUAACAGUAGCUCUGUUGCUAUCAAAGGAACAGUUGGGUAUGCCGCUCCAGAGUAUGGUGUGGGAAGCAUGGUUUCUAAGGAAGGUGAUGUAUACAGUUACGGCAUUGUGUUGUUAGAGUUGAUGACUUCAAUAAAUCCCACUGAUUGGAUGUUCGAAGGAGGCUUAGACCUGCAUAAUCAUGCUAAAUCAGCAACAUUAUUGCCUAAUCAAUUGAUUAACAUCAUUGACCCAAGGCUCUUAGAUAAUGACGUUGGUAAUGCUAGUGAAAGAAAUGAUGGCGAACUUUUGGCAGAAAAUGAAAGGAAAAUUUUUUUCCGGCGUUGA